GCCAUAAACCAACCCAAUCUGUAGUCUUUAGUUCAGUGUAGAAAAAGAGGCGUGUUAAACUUGAAACUUGAAAAAAGUGGGCGAUUAUGUCUAAGGCAGAGUCAGAAACCAACCUCAAACCUUCAAGCUCAAGAUGGUCUCUCAAGGGAACGACCGCCGUCGUUACGGGUGGCACCCGUGGAAUCGGGCGCGCCGUGGUGGAGGAACUGGCGGAAUUCGGUGCGGCCGUGCACACCUGUUCUCGAAAUGAAGAGGAGCUCAAAAGGUGCCUUAAGGAAUGGGAAGGCAAAGGAUUAUUGGUAUCUGGGUCGGUUUGUGAUGCGUCUUCCAAAACCCAGAGAGAAAAACUCAUUCAAGAAGUGGCUUCGGCUUUUAAUGGCAAGCUCAACAUUAUUGUGAACAAUGUGGGAACAAACAUCAGGAAGCCAACACUUGAGUACACUGCUGAAGAAUACACAUUACUUCUUUCUACCAACUUCGAGUCUACAUACCACUUGUGUCAACUUGCACACCCUCUUCUAAAAGCAUCUGGAGGAGGGAGUAUCGUGUUCAUUUCUUCUGUUGCCGGUUUGCUUAACAUAUCCUCUGGAAGCAUUUACGCCGCAAGCAAAGCUGCCAUCAAUCAGCUCACCAAGAAUCUGGCUUGCGAAUGGGCAAAAGACAACAUCAGAAGCAAUUGUGUUGCACCUUGGUAUACAAGGACGUCGCUUGUAGAACAUUUACUUGAUAACAAGGAGUUCUUGGAAGAGAUCAUAGAUAAAACUCCUCUACACCGUGUUGCGGAGCCCGAGGAAGUUUCAUCUUUGGUGACAUACCUCUGCCUGCCCGCCGCCUCUUACAUCACCGGACAGGUUAUUUCCGUAGAUGGGGGAAUGAUUGUGAAUGGAUUUUAUCCCAAAAAGAGACCCUUCUGAGUCCGAGUCUUUGACCAUUUCAGGUUAAGAAAUUCUCGUAAUGGUUUUCUAGGAUUCCAUGAUUUACAAAGCGCAUGCUCUAUAUGUCAUUUUUGUGUCCAACUCUUCUUGAUCAUGGCUUGGCUGGACUCUGAAAACUAAUUAAAAUAGUGCUUUAAAUUUUAAAACAUUUCCUUUGUUUUCUUCUUUGUAUGUUUCUUAAUGCGUUGCAUUGUUUUCUUCAAGAAGUGGGAAUCAUGAAUCUUCUCAGAACGUUAUGAAAAUUGGUGCCUAGUGUUAAUUAUAUUUUGUGUUUUAGGUUAAA